CAAAACGAAAACUUCGAUUUUGGUUCUCCAUCUCUCAAAGCUCUUUGAUUCGUUUUCUCAAUAGCUUCGAUCUACGAUAGUUUUUGAUUGUUUCGUAUUCUCUCUGUGAUUCUGAGGAACACGAUAUAGGUCAUGUUUUUGUUCGAUUGGUUCUAUGGAAUCUUGGCCUCGUUAGGUUUGUGGCAGAAAGAGGCCAAGAUCUUGUUUCUUGGCCUUGACAAUGCCGGCAAAACUACUUUGCUCCACAUGCUCAAAGACGAGAGAUUAGUUCAGCACCAGCCAACACAACAUCCCACCUCUGAGGAACUCAGCAUUGGCAAAAUUAAGUUCAAGGCCUUUGACUUGGGUGGCCAUCAGAUUGCUCGUCGAGUUUGGAAAGACUACUAUGCCAAGGUUGAUGCUGUUGUGUACCUAGUGGAUGCUUAUGACAAGGAAAGAUUUGUGGAAUCCAAAAGAGAGCUUGACGCUCUUCUAUCAGAUGAAGCCUUAGCAACCGUGCCUUUUCUUAUUCUUGGCAACAAGAUUGAUAUCCCUUAUGCAGCCUCUGAAGACGAGCUGAGGUAUCACUUGGGUCUUACUAAUUUCACUACUGGUAAAGGCAAUGUGUCUCUUGGAGACUCUGGUGUUCGUCCCCUUGAGGUCUUCAUGUGCAGCAUCGUUCGCAAAAUGGGAUAUGGUGAGGGUUUUAAAUGGAUGUCUCAGUAUAUCAA